AUGCCCGGUGGAGGCCGGUCUCGAGGCCCCAAGAGAAAAAGAAAUCGGAAUGCAGAGUACCCAUCCUUUCCAGGGGAGAGUCCCUUACCGUGCAGACAAGCAGGGCUCCAGACCGCAGGGGCCUUGGCUUCCCUAUCUGAAUCAUGGCUCAGGUGUGGAGAAGGAUUUCUGAGGAGUCCCGGCACUCCGUCAUUAACAGCUGAAAAGAAGACUACUACAGAGAAACACCUUGAAUUAUCCUGUCGACCCAAGAAAGAACCUACCACCUCUAAGAGUACCAGUGGGCUUGCAGCUAUAACAUGGAGUUCUAGUGGAAGUGAUCUGUCAGAUGAAGACAAAACCAUUUUUAAAUCACAAAGAGAUAAUGGACAUCAUUCUAAAACAGGCAGGUGUUGUAACAGCAACAUUUUAUGUCCAGAAGAUGGGGCCAGUGAAGACGACCUGCAGGUUAUUGACUGGGAGAUUGACAGUGAGAGGGAAGAUGCUUGUGAAUGUGAUGAAUUUGAAGACCGUGAAAGUGUGGUGGAAAUAUCUGACUGUGCUUCUGGUGCAAGCAGUCGUUCUUUGACACCAGCAGGGACGCCACCUGAGCUUCCUAAGACAAAUCCUACUGAGAUUUUAGAGUAUUCAUCAGAUAGUGAAGAAGAUGAUGGCUCUGAGAACAUCUUGCUCAUUGAUUCAGAAUCCUCUCACAAACAUCACGUGGAUUUUGGAUCAGAUGGAAGACAGGUUACAGAGAGACGAAAAAACCUGAGGGUAGAAUCUACAGAAACCAUUUUGCAGACACCCAAGAAACAGAUGAAACUUCCCAAGACUCCAGAAAGUUCAGCAAAGAGGAAGAAGCUUUUAAGAGGCGGGCUAGCAGAAAGACUAAAUGGACUGCAGAAUCGAGAGAGAUCUGCCAUUUCUUUGUGGAGACAUCAGGGUGUUUCUUACCAAAGGACACUUUCAGGUACAAAAUCUGGUGUAUUAACUGUGAAGAUUCUAGAGCUGCAUGAGGAGUGCACUGUCCACGUUGCCACGUGUAGGCAGUUGUCAGAGCUCCCGGCUGACGGCCCUUGUCAGGGUGGGGCCGCGGGGGCCAGCCUGAAGGUUCUCUUCACCAAGGAGACUGCCCACUACCUCAGGGGGCGCCCACAGGAUGUUGUCCGCAUCUAUCCUCCCUGGCAAAAGCUUAUUAUUCCAGGUGGAAGUUGCCCUGUUAUUCUGAAUACUUACUUUUGUCAGAAAGUUGUUGCCAAAGAAGAUUCAGAAGCAUCACGUGAUGGGCAUGAGUGUGACACGCCCUGUCCGAGGAAGAGCAGCACUCUGGCUCAGGUGUUCCAGUUUAAGGGCCUAACCGAUAGGUCACGUGAAAACAAGAUUCUGUGUGAGGGUCACACUGCGGUGGGCACAGACCAGAACCUCCAUCCUGAGCAAGCGGAGCUGUGCGUCCCCAGCCAGGCUCCCCGGAGGGAUUCUCUGCUGGAUGCAGUCGAGAGCCACGGAGCUGCUGCCUGGACGGGAGUGGGCGUGCGAGUGGUGGUGCAGAGAGUGUACUCCCAGCCCUGCAGAAGCCAACAGGCAGACAGCACAGACCCACCCAGAGCACGAGUCUGCCUUCUUGUGCAAGAUGCCCUUGGACUCUUCAGUGAGGUGCACUCGGAGGGUGACGUCCUGAAGGACAGGCAGCUGGAGGGGAAGUGCUGCAGGCUGUCAGGCAUGAAGGUUCUGCAGAAGGUCACCAGAGCAAGGAUGGCUGAGCUUUUUAGUUUGAUUGACACCAUGUGGCCUCCACGGGCAGCUCUGAAAGCAACAGGCCCUGGCACAGCCUUUGAGGAGAAAACUCAUCUGCCUCCUCCUAGCUUCUGUUACAUCCUCAGCGCUCAUCCAGACGUGGGGCAGAUUGAUGUAAUUGAAGACGACCCCGUUGCAGAACUUUACCAGCCACCGACUCCCCGCUUCUUAAAAGAAAUUCUGCAGACCGACGGCCUCUGUACCCAUUGCAGCUUCUAUGCCACAGUGAUUUACCGGAGACCACAGGCAAACAGUUUGCCUCUGGAGCCAAGGGAGAUGUGGCUCGUGGUGACCGACAUUACUCUGCAGACGCUGGACAAGGACUCAGGUUUCCCCAGAACCAUUCCUGUGCGUGUGGCCGCCUCAUGCCUGCUGGACCAGGAGGUCCGGGAUGCUCUCUGCGAGGCCACCUCCCAAAGCUUCCUCUUCCGGGACGCUCUCCAAGACCAAGGUCAGAUUGUCUGUGUUGGCCGAACUGUCCUCCUGCCUCGGAAACCCCGUGGGGGUAUGAUGGUGGGUGCCUGGGAGCUGACGGGCCCCCUGCAUCUGGAUGAACUGGGCCCUGGCACUCAGGUCAACUCCAUUUGCAGCAUCCAAGGAACCGUGGUCGCUGUGGACGAGAGCACCGCCUGCUCGUGGCCUGUGUGUGAUCUGUGUGGCAGCGAGAGACUGGAACGGAGCCCGGCAGACAGGGGCGCCUUCUCCUGUGGGGACUGCUCCAGUGUGGUCACCUCGCCUGUCCUCAGGAGACACCUGCAGGUCUUCCUGGACUCCCCCUCGCGGCCCCGGUGCACAGUCAGGGUCAAGCUUCUCCAAGACAGCAUCUCCUCGCUCCUGAGGUUCGCUGCCUGUGAGGAUGGGAGUUAUGAAGUGAGGAGUGUCCUCGGAAAGGAGGUGGGGCCAUUAACCUGCUUUGUCCGGUGCAUCACCACCCACCCGACCAGCAUCGUGGGAUUGGAGGAGGUUGAGCUCCUGAGCGAGGGGAGAGCCUCUUGA